UCCCAAAGAGAAAUUUUAGUUGUUGCUCUUUCCCUCUCAGCCUUCCUUGCCUUUCCUGAUUAAUCUAGUGCAGCUUCUGGACCUUUUGAUUAUCUAUGUGUUCCAUCCUUGCCACAGCCCAGGACUCAGCUCACCUGGUAGACAUUUAUUUUGUUCAGGAUUCCCAACUUUAUUCCUGUCCUUGCCUGUCACCUAGCUCCUCCCUGCAGUCCUCAACUUCCUUGUCAACAGUCUGACCCUAGCCUUAAUCCAAAAUAACUCAACCAAUAAUUGUCAACAAUGUCUGCUACUCCACCCUCUUUAAUUCUCUGUAUUUACUGGCAGCCUCUAAAUCUUGGUCACCCCCAUUCAUUCCAGCUGCAAGCCAAGCCUGAUCAAAAUGGUUUUUCCUAGAUACAGACAGGUACGUAAUUACAGUAGUGAGGUGAUGGGGCAAUGGGGAAUGCAAGGGUAUCUUCUGGGGCCUGGAGCCUAGUAAUUUUCAAUAUGCCCGACAUCUGUUAUUGUCUGUGUGUGUCGGUUACAAAGCCAUCUCAGACACAUUAUCUCCACAGCAAUCCAAACGCUAUCAUCUGUCUACACCCUUUGGUUGACAGGGUGAGGGCCCUGAAUUCAAUUUUUUGUAUUAAGGUACCUUUUACUGGCAAAACUUUCAGUAAGUGUCUACAUUUCCCUUAGCAUUUAAAAAAAAGAAAAAGAAAAAAAAAGCGAUGUAUGCCAGUAUGCCAUGGGCCUCAGGUGGAAUUCACAAAGUUGGCAGAGCUGGAACACCUACUAACGUGGACGUUCUAAGAUCUUUAGGGUGUACAACUGGCCUGAAUUCAUCACGAGCGUCAAUCCAACUUCUCCAGUGUUUAACUUCCGGAAUUUCAGCUUUUUGCUUGGGCGAUAGCCGAGCAGAAUCGAAAGUCUUCAAGGCCCGGACUUCCGCCUCUAACCCUGAACCCCGCCCAGCGCAAACAAGCCCCGCCCAGCAAGACGUUGGACUUGCCGAGUGUGAGUCUCCUCAGCGCCCGUAGUUCUUGAACUUUGACCUCUGCAGGGCCUGUGCGUGGGCUAGUACGCAUGCGUUGUUCCUCUGAAUGGCGAGCAUCCUUAUUCUGGCGGCGACGGCAGGAAUGGUUGCAGUGCUUCUGGCACUGCGGCUGUGGAUCGUGCUUCAUUCCCGGGUCGUUGUGCCCCGGGAGUCUCUCAGUCUCAUGGCGGUGGCCGGGUCCGGUGGGCAUACCACUGAGAUCCUCAGACUGCUUGAGCACUUGUCCAGUGCUUACUCUCCUAGACAUUACAUCAUUGCUGACACUGAUGAAAUGAGUGCCCAGAAAAUAAGUUCUUUUGAAUUAAAACGGGCUGAUAGAGACCCUAGUACCACGUUUCCCAAAUACUGUAUCCACCGUAUUCCCAGAAGCCGUGAGGUUCAGCAGUCCUGGCUGUCCACAGUGCUCACCACCUUGUAUGCCUCGUGGUUCUCCUUUCCUCUGACUUACCGAGUGAAGCCAGAUUUGGUGUUGUGUAACGGACCAGGAACAUGUGUUCCUAUCUGUGUAUCUGCCCUUCUCCUUGGGAUACUAGGAAUAAAGAAAGUGAUCAUUGUCUAUGUGGAAAGCAUCUGCCGAGUAGACCAUUUAUCCCUGUCCGGAAAGAUUCUCUUUCACCUCUCCGAUUACUUCAUUGUUCAGUGGCCGGCUCUUAAGGAGAAAUAUCCCAAAUCUGUGUACCUCGGGCGAAUUGUUUAAUGAAUGACAAUUUACUUCUUUAGAAUUCUGCAGUUAACAAUAUUUAUUGUAAGUGGGGAGAAAAACUACAUGUUUCUUGUAAAGGCUUCUGAAAGUCCUGAGAAUUGUUGAUAGUCAAGAAUAAAACAUGUAGAUAACCCAGUGAAAUAACUGAGAUUGCUCUUAUAAAACAAACAUUAAUAAACCGUGAAGUAUUUA